AUUAUGUGAUAUUGUCUGUCACACAAAAACUAAUUGUUUUCUAGGAUUGUGUGAAUGUAAUGUGAUGUUUUUGUGUCGAUAAAUAAAUCUCUGGAAAUUAUUAUUUAUUUAUUUUUAUAAUGGCCAAAAUAGAUGUAUUGAAAUCAAUCAAUUUAUAAAUAGUCAAGGUUGUGAUGUUUACCCACUAUGGGAAAAUUCAGUACGUACAGGUAUUUAGAGUUAAAAGAUGAUACCUCUACUUCACAUAUCAACAUAAGAUCAAGAUCUCUGAAGCAGCCGCGCAGCUUCAAAAAGGUGUUUAUUUUCCUGCUUAUCUUAGCACUAUGUGGCACAUAUUUGUUGGGUCUUUUCGCGGGCCAGACACAGUGGUUCGAUGGGUUGGCCAAGAGCCUGGGUUAUGAGAGCGUGUACCACCACGCCGUGAUCAUAGACGCAGGCUCCUCCGGGUCCAGAGUGCUGGCGUAUAAGUUUAGGGUGCCGUUUACAGUAUUCGGUCAAGCGAACUUGGAUUUAGUCGACGAAUAUUUUGAAGAGAGCAAACCCGGUCUGUCUUCGUACGUCGAUGAUCCAAAGAAGGGCGCGGACACAAUAGUGCAACUGAUAAAGAAGGCGGAGUUCCUAACGCCGCCGGAAAAGCGUCGCUCGACUCCGCUGGUGGUGCGCGCCACGGCCGGGCUGCGGCUGCUGCCGGCCAUGAAGGCGCAGAUGCUGAUCCAGGAGGUCGCUGAUGCUAUCGCUAAGUUAGGUUAUGAUGUGGGUCCUAACGGUGUGGAGAUCAUGGACGGUUCGGAUGAGGGCAUUUUCAUCUGGUACACUGUCAACCUGCUGCACAAUCUCAUUGGUGGCGAGACGAUGGCCGCCAUGGACCUCGGCGGCGGGUCCACGCAGAUCACGUAUCAGCUGCAAGACUCGGACAGGAAACAUUACGCGGCCGGCGACCAGUUUGUCGUGCCCGCGGGCGAAAACAUCACCCUGUAUACGCACAGUUUCCUUAAACUCGGUCUGUUAGCUGCGAGACACGGUGUGUUCAAGAUGGAAGCUGGAGAUAAUGAUACUGACGAGUUUGUCUCGGUGUGCGUCGACCCCAUUGUGCAGAAGGAAAAGUGGACGUAUGCUAAUAGACAGUAUACUAUCAGCGGCGCCCCGCGGCCGGACGGCAUGAAGCGCGAGGCGGUGUACGCGCGCUGCGCGGCGCUGGUGUCGCGCUACGUGGCGCGCACGCUGGACCGCGCGCCGCGCGCGCCGCGCGGCAACGUCGCCGCCAUGAGCUACUUCUAUGACGUGGCGGCCGACGCCGGCCUCAUCGACGUAAUGACCGGCGGGCGCGUGUCGGUGGGCGCGUACCGCUCGGCCGCGCGGCGCGCCUGCUCCGCCUCCAACGUGGAGCAGCCGUGGGCCUGCGCCGACCUCUCCUACAUCGUGGCGCUGCUGCACGACGCCUACACUAUGAAGGACGACGAGUCUGUCUCGUUGUUCAAAAAGGUGAACGGCCACGAGGUGUCCUGGGCGUUAGGGCUCGCGUACACUACGGUGAUGAACAAAAUUACCGCCGCGCCUGCCGCCUAGUGUGCGCCGUGCCUUACAACAACUGUGCACCAAGCUUUAUUCUGCAUUUAUACAACAUAAUAUAUGAAGCGAUUGAAUCAUCAUUUAUUUUAUUAAACUUCAUUAAAACUUGGUGCAGUCAGUGUUUUUACUCGUAAAGCUAUUCCACAGUUUUUGUAAAUUUUAUGCACCGAAUAUUCUAAAAAGUAAGAUGUGCAAACAUACAGACGUGAUGUUUUAUUAUAAACACGUUUUAUAUGCAAUAUACAAAUUUUUAUUUACUCGGUUGUGUGUGUGUUGGAAUUUUUGACGACGUUUUUUAUCUGUACUGACAGCAGCGAAGGUUCGGUUCAUAUUUUAUAUAUUUGCUGUCUGUGCGAUUUGUUAAAAUACCUCCUCGUGCGACACAUUAUUAUUUAAGCAAAUAAGUUUAAAGACUCAGGGAGUUAUGAUACAUUUUAUAAGCCUUUAAAAUUUGUGUUGUGAUAAAAUCUAGCUAAUGUUUCUAAUUCAUAAAAUAUAUAAUAAUUUUAUAAAGGCCAAAUUCCCCUCAUUUCUACUCGUCUACUAGGCUAUAUUUUUCUCUACCAUAAAUUCUAAACUAUUCCAUUUUUUACACACAUGUAAGACUUUAGAUAGCUAUAGAUUGUAGAUAAAUUUCAUAAACACCAGUAUAUCUAUAAGAAUCACUUAUAAAGCUUCAAAUGCUGUCUGUUAUAAUUAAAUCGCAGUCUAAUAAUCCGUACGAAGACGUUUAGACAAUCGUGCACAGGCAAGGGGCAAGAUGCGAUAAAUGAGCCCGAUCUACAUACGCCAUGUUGUUUGCAUCUCGGGACACUAUUAGGGGUUGCCGCGUAUGGUUUUAUGAUUGAUGUAUUUGAUUAAAGGGAUAUGUUAUUGCGUUGUAAAAAUGAUACAUAGUACUUGUACUGUGAGAGGUAAGUCGUCAUCUCGUGUUAACAAGGAUUUGCGUUUUCUUCAUCACUAUGUUGUCGAUAUUGAGUGACAACCGUGCCAUAGUCUAGACGUUUUCAAAAUUUACCUCGACAUGCAAGACGUUGUCCUAAUGUAUUCUUCUCUUUAUGCUGUGAUUAUAUUGAGUCCAUACCCUUAUCAAUUUGUUUACGAAUUAUGUAUAAUGUAUAACAUCCUUUACAUGUUUAUUGCUAUGAUUAUGAUUAAUGCUUUAGCCCUCGCAAUUAUUUUAAUACAUUCAUUGUACUUUAAAUAAAGACAGAGUGAAGACUUCUAUUUACUUUAUUAUUUUUAAAUUGUGAAUUGUCAUGAUGACAUUUGUAAUGUGGGUCAUAUAGUCUGUAUUCCAUUAUUUCCCGCCAUCGAUCGUUAACAGAUUACUGUUAAAAUUACGGGUUUCAUAACCUGCAAUAAAAAAAAUGUCUACCUUUUUUAAGUAAGCUACGCAAUAACUGAAAUUAAUAAAAUUUAUACUUUAACACAAUUAUUACACGAAUCUUAUGAUGGAUGGUGUAUGUACGUUUGUAUGAAAUAAAGUGCUAUUGAAAAUAUUUUUUAUGAGAUGAUUAACUUUCAAUUUUUGACACGAUAUAUUAAAUGUCUUUAAGUGAAGCUUAAGUGCACUGUUCGUGUAUUUUGUAACGAAUACCUGUGUUAUGUGUAAAUUGUAAAAAAUUUAAUAAAUGUUGGAUUUAAAAG